GUGCAACGUGACUGUCUGGCACAUGCAGCACCAUUGGAUCAACCGCAGCAUCGUGGCGGAGUUCCCCGCAGGGUGCGGCCAGAAGGUCUUCAAGGCUGGUGAUGGCCACCGCUUCGAGCUGCGCGUCGUCGAUGGCUUCUCGUUGCAGUCGGACGUCGAUCGGUUCUGUUCGCUGCACACUACCAUGAUGCAUGUGCGCAAGUCCUUCACCGAUUGGCUGCCGACGUACAUGAUCGCCCACAACAUUCAGCAUGAGAACUACAACCGCAUCCGCGAGCUCGAGGAGGCGAGCAUCCAGUGGAUCAAGGAUGGCAUGCAGCAGAAGCUGAACGAGCGCAUCCAGUACGCGCUCAACGACGAGCAGGAGAGGAUCAAUGCACCCAGGCAGCUGAAGGCGACGACCUCGGCCCCGAAGGAGCCCCCCAAGAAGAAGGAGG